GUCACACGAAAGUACAAUCAGCAUGUGACGCUUCUUUCUUUCUAUUCUAGAACGCCGCUGGGCAUGAGAAGGAACUGCAACUCUGGGUUUAAAUCUCCGGUUCAGUCUCCUUGUUCCAGCCAGUCGAGCAGAGGCUCAGAGUUUUCUCUGCAGAAGGAGGUGUCGGAGCUCAAGGGAAAGGUGGCAGCUCUAGAUCAGGAGAUAUCACAGCUGGAGUCAGAAGGGUUGAGUGUUGCAGAACUAGAGGAGCACAUCACCCUUCUUCAUGAAUAUAAUGAGUUAAAAGAUGCCGGGCAGAUGCUCUUGGGCAGACUUGCUGUGUUGAGGGGAGUCACCACCAAGGUGCUGUAUGCUGAGUUUGGGAUGAAUUUAGAGGACUGACCGGUGACAUUAUUCUGUUCCUGUGCUUGAUGCUGUUGAGGUGACAAUCUCCUAAAUCAGUUUAGUGAAGGAGCUGCGCCAGAGGCCUGUGUGACUACGGAGAGAUGUGGCUGUGCAGCUCCAGACUGGAACUCUCGGGACUUGCUUGUUGCACAGAAAAGGUUAUUUAUUAUGUUCUGCUAAAUGGACUGAAAUUCAGCAGAA